UAUCCCACAUUGAAAUACUUCAAGGAUGGCGCGUUUGCCUUUAAGUACGCCAAGAAAAGGAAAGCUGAAGAUAUGCUCGCUUUCAUGAAGGAUCCCCAGAAGCCCGCCCCGUCUCCACCGCCACCUGACUGGAGUAAAGAGCCUGGUAAGGUGCAUUUCCUUACGAACGAGACGUGGGAUAAAUUCAUAGAAGAACAUUCCUCAGUGCUAGUCAUGCUGUUCAAUCCUCGCUGCGGUUAUUGUAAAUCCAUGAAGCCAGACUACUUCAAAGCCGCAGAGAUCCUGAGUGAGGAACUCCCAUCUGUGGCGUUAGCCGCCAUUGACUGCACUCAAUUCUGGUCCUUCUGUAAACAAAUGGAAAUUGCAGGAUAUCCCACAGGUAAAUUUCGUCGCUUAUUGAUAAUUUAAGCUUGCUUUAGGCUCUUGUAUAAAAUGCGCUACGUUUUCUAUAGUUAACGAUGCAGUUUCCAUGAAGAAUUGUACCGCGUACAAUAAAGAAUAUUUGCGUUCUAAGUAGCUCUGCGAAAUGCAGAAGUGCCUUGCACGAACGGUCGCGAAGAGCUUCCUCUCCUUAAAACACAAAUGUCGCACGGAGAAAAUGGUAUUUCUGAGUUGCUAACAUCAGCUUGAAAUUGAUGCUUUACCCUCAUGUUCACCGCUUUCAUUCUACUCAAAUUCUUCAGUUGUCUGUUUGAAAGAUUUGACACCAGACGACAGAUGCAAAUAGAUAAAUAAAUUCCUGGGAAGACCAAAAGAAAAACAUUAAUGGUUUCUUGACUUUAAAAAUCUUGAAAUU